AUGUGCAGCCGCGAGAAGGACGUACCUGCGCCUGCUAGCGACGCGAAGGGUGUGGCAGAUCGCCGUCCGGCCGCGCUUGCGCGGUCGGCGGCCCCAUCUGGCCCCCCACUUAUGACGACCACUGCUAUGGCUAUGGAUUUGACGGACACUACUCCGGAAACGUUGAAGACUGCGCUGUCUGCUCCGCUGCCAGAUUCUGAAGAUGAGAGCUCUACCGCCCCUCAGCCACGCGGACGCAGCGGGAAACAGAAGAGGAGGGCAACACCUGCGACGGCCGCUGCUCGCAGCUCGCCGAUUGAGAAGAGAGCCAAGCAAGAUUUCGCCCCUGAUGCCGACGGUUUUGUCCCGGCCCGGCGAACUGCAAGACGCAUGCUGUCGUCGACGACGCCUCCAACUGCCGUCGCCAACUCAUUCGACGCGCUCGAUGACGCACCGGAACCGACGCCGCGCGUUCCUGCGCCGAAGAAAGACUCCCAUCUUCCGCCGGUGGUCCUCCAGUUUCGGCCGCCCUAUGGGGAACUGCAGAAGUUGUUGCGCAGCUGGACAACGGCCGUGUACACAGUGAAGCCUGCAGGGCGUGACCUGUACAGGGUCACACUCCGCACUGCCGAUGACUAUCGCCGGGUCACUCAGGAGGCGUCUGAGCGUGGUCUCCCUUUCUAUACCCACGCUUCCGCACCCGACAAGGUCCUGAAGAUUGUCUUCCGCGACCUCCCGUUCAACAUGGAAGCCGAUCACCUGCAUCGUGAACUCGCUGACCUGGGCUUCUACAUCCGGACCGUCGUGAAGAUGAAGUCGCCAAAAUCACGUGAAGAUAUGCCGCUCUUCCUGGUCGUCUGCUCUGACACCGUGGAGAACCGCAAACUCUAUCAAUUGACUUAUCGUGGGUGUGAGGUGUGGAAGCGUGCCAUCGCUCGACAACGUGGCCAAACACCAGCGCCACAUCAGAAGAAGCCAGCAACGAGACGACCAGGCGUCUCUUUCGCGGCGGCAACGUCUGGGACGCCCUCCGCCGCCCCGGCUGCGUCGGUUGCUCCCGCUCCCGCCGCAUCCGAGGCCGUGCCGACACCUGAGGCUCCUACACCUCCACCACAGCUGCCAGUGGCGGCACCGGGUACUGCCUUUCCCGGGACGUCAGCCGGACCGCGCCCCGCCAACCGCCGGCGCGGGGGUCAUCGCCCUGUGGGUACCCAGCGCUUGGCACCGUCCGUCGAGCAGCCCCAGGUGGGCUCUCACAGCGAAGCAGCCACGCCUCCCCCCUCCAGCGCCGGGGCCGCGCCAGCUGCCUCCACCGCCGACCUGGCCAACCUCGUCGCGCAGCUCACAGCCCUGUUACGCAAUCGUGGAAGAACUUCCCAGCCAGCUUCAACGUCUCCGUGUUCUUCUCUGCUCAGUAGUUCACCAGACUCGUUUCCUUACGGAGUCGUCGUCAUUACAAUCAACAUGUACUUCGUGCAGUCCGUAUUCACAACAGAUUGGACGGUGGCAAAAGAUGCUCAAAAGGAAGAGGUUUCUGAAUCGCCUCACUAA